AUGCCUUACAAAAGGUGGUGUUUUGGCUCUUCGCAUGGCCAGUUAUUCAUUAUGAAAAAACCUAUGAUCAUAACUCUCUCAAACCCAUUGAAUGGGAGAACUAUCCACCUCCCAGAAUUCAAAGAUCUUUCGAAUGAUUACCAGUACUGGAUUGAUAAAGAUGACAAUGAAUAUUUCAUUUGUAAAGGUAUAUUAUCUACUGAUCCUUCUCAAGAUGCAAAAAAUUAUGAAGUUGUGGUCAUUUAUGGUGGGAUGAAAACAUUGGCAUCCUUCAAAUCAGGGGAUGAAGCUUGGACUUUCUUGGAUUUCAAAAAAGAUUACUUAUUUUCUGAUGUUAUUUACUAUGAAGGUCGACUCCAUGGUGUCACUGAAAGGGGUGGACACAUAUGUGCUAAUGUUAUCAAUG